AUGAGCCCCUCCAGAUGUGUUAAGGCGCGCAAGUCUCCUCGCCUCUCUCAGACGCCAGUCGCAGCCAUGGCGUCAACGACUCCUCCUCCUCCCGACGCGGCGGUGGUAGUGUGCCGUGGCGCGCUUUUGGUUAUCGGCACCUACCACUCAGUGAUGGCGGGGCUUGUGUAUCGCCGCAACAAGUUUGGGAUGCUUUUUUCCGUGAAGCACCACGAGGGCUGCGUCAGCAGCGUGGCGGUGGGCGACAAAUACAUGGCCUCCGCCGGCACAGACGAGCGGGUCUUCCUCUUCACAAACAAGCAGCAGAGGAGCCUAACCGCCACGGAGCGGCAGCGACUGCGGGCUGCGGGGGAGACUAUAGGUGUGCGCCUUGCGGACCUUGGCCACGUCGCACCACCAAGUGAGGUGCGCUGUCUUCUCUUCGUCGCCAACUCGCAGCACCUGCUCUGCGGCUGCGCGGACGGUCAACUCGUCAUGUACCGCACCCGCGACUGGACUGUCAGCCGCUCGCUCCCGCUCCACGAGAAGAGCGUCACGAGCGUUGCGGCUCACCCGGGCAGUGACGGGACGUUGGCUGUCACGAUCGGCGCUGACCGGUACGUGGCGGUGGUUGACCUUGCGAGGGGUCGGAUGCUGAGUAAGUGGCGCUACAACACAUCCCUCGUGGAGAUCCCGUCGGCGCGGCAGGGCGAAGCGGCGGAGGCGAGGGAGGGAGAGGGUGGCAAGGACGGCCAGCCGUGCGUGAAGCGGGCCAAGUUGGAGAGGCGCGAUUGCCCUCACACGGUGAAGUUCUCGCCGAGCGGGAAGUAUUUUACCAUACUUUCGAGUCACGCCUUCGCCGUGCACGAGACGGCAACGAUGAACGUCGUGGCGCGUUACCGGGCGUCAUCGCCGCAGCCGUGCGAUGAACUUCACGCCGUUGCGUUUCUGGACGACGCUACGAUGAUCUUCGGGAAUGAGUCCGGGGCAAUGUUGGCCUGCCGUGGGCCGUGGGAGUCGGGGGACGCACAGCCACGGGACUGCUCCCUAAGCCCCAUUGUCGUACACGUUCCGGCGGAGUUUGAGAAGCCGGUAGACGAGACGAAAAAGCCACUGCGGCACCCGACGCACCACGCGACACGUUUGAAGGCCCUCCACUACGUGGAGCGCACGGUGUUUUCCAUGGACGCCGCAGGCACCGUAAUCGCCUGGUUUGUAGGGGAUGCUGUGGACGCCACGCUUACGCUGACAUUUGUCUGCAGCGCGAAUUGUCAGGGACGCGUCACGACGAUGGAUGUGCUGCUACUGUAA